UCCUUCCUAUUUACCCAAGUUAGUGAUAGGGGCCUGCGGAAACAUGAAGAGGGUAAAUAGCUGUGUGAAAGAUGAAGAACAUGUCCUGGAGGAACUGGAAACAGAAGGUGAGAGGCAGCUGAAGAGCCUCCUUCAACAUCAACUGGAUACCUCUGUCUCCAUUGAAGAAUGUGUCUCUAAGAAAAAGAGCUUUGCCCCUGGGACUAUGUACAAGCCCUUUGGGAAGGAAGCAGCUGGGACAAUGACUUUGUCCCAGUUCCAGACACUACAUGAAAAAGACCAGGAAACUGCUUCUCUCAGGGAAUUAGGGCUCAAUGAAACCGAAAUAUUGAUCUGGAAAAGCCAUGUUUCCGGUGAAAAGAGGACAAAGCUGAGGGCAACCCCCGAAGCAAUACAGAAACGGCUUGAAGAUAUUAAAGAAAGGAUCUCAGAGCGCCAGCGCAUCCUUUGCCUGCCACAGAGGUUUUCAAAGAGCAAACAGCUGACCCGAAGAGAAAUGGAAAUUGAAAAGUCUUUAUUUCAGGGAACUGAUCGUCACUCCUUCCUUAAGGCUCUUUAUUACCAAGAUGAACCCCCAAAGAAGAACAAAGGUGAUCCCAUGAACAACCUGGAAAAUUUUUACCACGAGACUAUAAUGAAAAAACGCCUUGAAGAGUUCCAACUUUUGAGAGGUGAACCCUUUGCUUCCCACUCACUGGUCUCAGCUGCCUCAGUGAGUGGGAGUGGCACAGCUGAGAACCCAUCACUCCUCCAGGACAAGGGAAAACAGGCAGCACAGGGUAAAGGCCCCAGUCUCCAUGUGGCAAAGGUUAUUGAUUUUCCAACUGAGCAAUAUUGGACUGGGCCUAAGACGCUGAAGCAACCAAUAGAAUUUAUCCCAGAAGAUGAGAUCCAGAGAAAUCGUUUGUCAGAGGAGGAGAUCCGAAACAUUCCUAUGUUUUCUUCAUAUAAUCCAGGGGAACCAAACAAGGUGCUAUAUCUGAAGAACCUUAGUCCUCGGGUGAAAGAAAGAGACCUCAUCUCAUUAUUCGCUCGAUUCCAGGAGAAAAAAGGACCACCCAUUCAGUUCCGAAUGAUGACUGGACGCAUGAGGGGACAAGCUUUCAUCACCUUUCCCAAUAAAGACAUAGCAUGGCAAGCCCUGCAUCAAAUUAAUGGAUAUAAACUCUGUGGGAAAAUACUGGUGAUAGAGUUUGCAAAGAGCAAACAGCAGCAGUCGGCUGUUCAGCGUGCUUCCCUUAUAACGUCUACUACAGACGGCAGAGCAGAAAUCAAUGGCAGCUAGAAAUGCAUAUCUACACACAUGUACAUGCACAUUUGGAUAGAUGUAUGUAUGUAUGUAUGUACGUAUGUAUGUAAAUGCAUAUUCAGAUGAUUUUUCUUUUAUUAUUUCUUAGACCAAGAAUAUGUAUAUUCGUAAAACUUUGUUGAAAAUUGAAGAGGAAAUAUAAGAAAGAAAUUAGGACAAUGGCUCUCAGCAUUUGGAGAGAAUUGAUAAAAGUAUUUUCUUUUUUUUUAAAAGAUAUAUUUAUUUAUUUUAUGUAUAUGAAUACACUUUAGCUGUCUUCAGACACACCGGAAGAGGGCAUUGGAUCCCAUUAUAGAUAGUUGUGAACCACCAUGUGAUUGCUGGGAAUUGAACUCAGGACCUCUGGAAGAGCAGUCAGUGCUCUUAACUACUUAGUCAUCUCUCCACCCUAAAAAGUAUUUUCUAUAAUUAAAUACUGUAUAGUAUUGAAAAAGAUUAUAUAAAAUUGACAAUAUCCUGGAUGUUAAAGAUAAUAAUGAAACACUAUACAUGGCAGAAAAUACCCUGAGGGUUAAGCCCAUGUGAAAACCUUUAAUUCUCAGGAUAUAUUGCAUAGGACUGUUCCUAAAGAUCCAAAAAUUCUUUAAUAAUUUUGUAGUCUUCAGUGUUCAGUCCUAGAGAUAAGACUUUUUCUAGAACUGGUUCCUAUAUACAAAGUUUUAAAACUAACCCAGUGUUAAAAUAUUUAUUUACUGAACUCAAACUGUGUUUUGUCAGAACAUUCAACAGUUUCAGUAGGUAGAUUCAUAAGUUUAUCAACUUAUUUAAUGAUUGCUUCCAUACUAAGUUUUCAGAGUCCUCAAAAACAUAUUUAUUAUUAUGACAUCUUUAAAUGAAAAUAUUGGUAAUCUACGAUACUAUUGCAUUCAAAACAAUAUACAUUAAACAUGGAGUAUCUGUCUAAUAUAUGAACUUUCAAAAGGAAUGAACUAGCAUCUAUACUAAAGGGACAAGGAAAGAAAGUUCUUUAGAGGAAAGGCAGCCUGCCUCAAAUCCCCUAGUGAUUCGUUUAUAGUUGAUGAAGACUAGGAACCUAAUAUGGUUUAGAGGGUAGAACCAGCUUUGGAGUCAGACCUGUGACCCUCAAGUCACCCAUGUUUACCACCCUGAGCUUAUCUGAGCCUCAUUUAUCUCAUCCAUCAACAGUAACAUUGCUUCAUACCUCCCUGAGUAAGGGUUAAAUGAGAUUAUAUUAUCCAAGGUAUAUUAUAUAAUAUUGUAACAAGGGGAAGAAAUGAAGGAACUGUAGGGUACUCCACUAAGUACAUCGAACAACAUAUAAUAAGAAUUCCAUUCAAAAGGGAGAAAGAAGCAUAAAAAUACUACAAAAAGUCAUGUGAAAUGGCUCAGUGAGUAAAGGCAUUUGCCACCAAACAGGAAGACCUGAAUUCAAACCCUAGGACCUGCCAAUAACAGGACAGAAUGGCUAGGAAAUAAUGCUAUAGUUUCUUUACAAAUCCUGUAAAUCCAUAGGAACAAAUAAAA